GAUCCUGCAGAUUUGGCAUUCAGAACAAGCCGUGACCAGCCAAGAUGUCGGCGCCAGCGGAGCUUUCCCGGGAGGAGAACGUGUACAUGGCCAAGCUGGCCGAGCAGGCCGAGCGCUACGAGGAGAUGGUCGAGUUCAUGGAGAAGGUGGCCAAGACGGUCGACUCGGAGGAGCUCACCGUCGAGGAGCGCAACCUGCUCUCCGUAGCCUACAAGAACGUCAUCGGUGCGCGACGCGCCUCCUGGCGCAUCAUCUCCUCCAUCGAGCAGAAGGAGGAGAGCCGCGGCAACGAGGACCGCGUCACCCUCAUCAAGGACUACCGCGGCAAGAUCGAGACCGAGCUCACCAAGAUCUGCGAUGGCAUCCUCAAGCUGCUCGAGACCCACCUCGUCCCCUCCUCCACCGCUCCCGAGUCCAAGGUCUUCUACCUCAAGAUGAAGGGUGACUACUACAGGUAUCUUGCGGAAUUCAAGAGUGGGGCUGAGAGGAAGGAUGCUGCUGAGAAUACAAUGGUGGCAUACAAGGCUGCUCAGGAUAUUGCUUUGGCUGAGCUGGCUCCAACUCAUCCCAUUAGGCUUGGGCUGGCACUCAACUUCUCGGUGUUCUACUAUGAGAUCCUCAACUCGCCUGAUCGUGCUUGCAACCUCGCAAAGCAGGCUUUCGAUGAGGCCAUCUCUGAGUUGGACACCCUGAGCGAGGAAUCCUACAAGGACAGCACUUUGAUCAUGCAACUCCUUCGUGACAACUUGACCCUGUGGACUUCAGACAUCACGGAGGACACUGCAGAGGAGGAGAUCAGGGAGGCCCCGAAGGGAGCCGCCGAGUAAAGCUGGCUUUACCCAUCCCAUGACAUAGUGUUUGGUACUGUCUAUUGGCACUGCAGUGUGUUAUGGAUCAUGUCCUAGCCGUGUUAUGGUUAUUGUCGCAAAAUUUGGGGCUCCCCAUAUGUGAUGUUGCUGGGAUAGGUUGCGGUUCCCGCUUGGAGGGACUGUAGCCUGGACUGGCUUGGGGGGAGAGCCCCUCUUACAAUGUUGGUGGUGUCAGUUCGUAUUUUAUGGUGAUUGGUCCUGCGUCAA